AAGGUUGGGGUACGUCGCAGAGCUCCGGAUGCCUGGCUGCUUUUCCCAACCAAGCUUGAAAGAGUGAGACCAUCCUCAUCCCAGCCCAGGGACGGGAAAGAGGUGAAGGCUGGAUGCCAGAAGAUGCUGCGUGCCCGCUGCCUCCAGCUGCCAGCAGUGAUGGGGGUGCUGCUGCUGGUGACCACAGCCUUUUCCAUGGAGUGCCCCAAGAUCAAGGUGGGGACGUGCAGGGACUGCAUCUGGUCUGGCCCUGGCUGUGCCUGGUGCAAGAAGAUGAAUUUCACCAAAGCCGGCGAGCCGGACUCGGUCCGCUGCGACACCAUCGAGCAGCUGGAGCAGAGGGGGUGCCCACGUGGUGAAAUUGAGUUCCCAGUCAACGACAUCACGAGAACACAGGACAGUCCCUUAAGCAACGAUGUGCAGCUGACUCCCCAGGAGGUGCGCCUGAAGCUGAGGAUAGGCCAGCCCGCUGUGUUCGAGGCAAAGUUCCGCCGUGCCAUGGGGUAUCCCAUUGAUCUCUACUACCUCAUGGACCUCUCCUACUCCAUGCUGGAUGACCUGCAGAAGGUGAAGAAGCUGGGAGGGGAGCUGCUCAGAGCGCUGGAGAGCACCACCCCUUCUCGACGCAUUGGGUUUGGCUCCUUCGUGGACAAGACGGUGCUGCCCUUUGUCAACACGCACCCUGAGAAGCUGCAGAACCCCUGCCCCAACAAGGACAAGCAGUGCCAGCCUCCCUUCGCCUUCAAGCACAUCCUCUCACUGACCGACAACGCCCAGCAGUUUGAGAGCGAAGUGGGCAAGCAGUUCAUCUCGGGGAACCUGGACGCCCCAGAGGGGGGGCUGGAUGCCAUGAUGCAGGCAGCGGUGUGUGGGGACCUGAUAGGCUGGCGCAACGUGACCCGCCUGCUGGUGUAUGCCACUGAUGACGGCUUCCACUUCGCUGGGGAUGGCAAGCUGGCAGGCAUCCUGACCCCCAACGAUGGCCAGUGCCACUUGGAGGACAACAUGUACAAGAGGAGCAACGAGUUCGACUACCCGUCUGUUGGCCAGCUGGUCCAGAAACUUGCUGAAAACAACAUUCAGCCCAUCUUUGCCGUCACCAGUAGGAUGGUGGAUGUUUACAAGAAACUCAGUGAGAUGAUCCCGAAGUCGGCAGUGGGAGAGCUGAAUGAGGACUCCAGCAACAUCAUCGAACUCAUCCAGGUGGCCUACAACAACCUGUCCUCGCAGAUCAUCCUGGACCAUUCCACUCUGCCAGAUGUCCUGGAUGUCAAAUACGACUCCAAAUGCAGUGAUAACCAGGACACCACGGAUGGAGAAAGAGGGCAGUGUAACAAUGUCAAGAUCAAUGAUGAGGUCACCUUCAAAGUGAAGGUCACAGCCAAGGAGUGCAUCCAAGGCCAGUCCUUCACCAUCCGGCCCUUGGGCUUCACAGACACCCUCACUGUCCACGUGGACAGCAACUGUGAGUGCCGCUGUGACGAGCAGCCCAACCCGGCUGCCUGCAGAGGGCAGGGCAGCAUUGUCUGUGGGAUCUGCAGCUGCAACCCGGGCUACACGGGGAAGAACUGCGAGUGCGACACCAAAGGCAGGAGCAGCAAGGAGCUGGAGAGCAGCUGCCGCAAGGACAACAGCUCGCUGAUCUGCUCGGGGCUGGGGGACUGCGUGUGCGGGCAGUGCCUCUGCCACACCGGCGACGUGGCCGGCAAGGAGAUCUACGGCACCUACUGCCAGUGCGACAACGUGGACUGCGAGUUCUACAACGGCUUCCCCUGCGGCGGACCAGAGCGCGGGAAAUGCGACUGCGGGCAGUGCAUCUGCGCGCCUGGCUACGAGGGCAGCGCCUGCCAGUGCCGGCAGUCGACAGACGGCUGCCUGAACGCCCGCAAGAACCUGUGCAGCCUCCGCGGGACCUGCCUCUGCAACCGCUGCCAGUGCCGGGGCGACUACCAGCCCCCCUUCUGCCAGGAGUGCCCCGGCUGCCCCUCACCCUGUGGCAGAUACGUCGCCUGUGAGGAGUGCAGGACCUCCGGGACCGGCCCCUUCGCGAAGAACUGCUCCAAGGCCUGCCCCAUCAUCCACAAGUCCGACAAGCCGAUCGAGGGCAGCAGGAAAUGCAGGGAGAAGGACUCCCAGAACUGCUGGAUCUCUUUCCAGAUGUUCCAGGAGGAUGGUGAGGACAUAUACACCGUCUACGUCGAACCUGAAAAAGAGUGCCCGGAGCCUCCCAACAUCGCUCUGAUUGUGGGCGGCACCAUCGCUGCCGUGGUCCUCAUUGGCCUGGUGAUCCUGCUCAUCUGGCGGUGCCUGACAGAGCUGUUGGACCGCCGGGAGUACCGCCGGUUUGAGAAGGAGAAGUCCAAAGCCAAGUGGAAUGAUGCUGAUAACCCCCUCUUCAGGAGUGCCACCACCACUGUUGUCAACCCCAGGUUUAACGAAUGAGGCGAUGGCUGGCAGCGCUGGGACCCACUGUUAAAUAAGGAAAUGCCAAGUUAAAGAAACCUCAAACUAAGGAAAUCUUGAACUAAGGCCCCCACCUCCUCUUCUUUAUCCUCGUGGUUUGUUCCCUUCUCCCGUGGCAGGUGCUGGCUGAGGGACUGCAUCGUGCCAGUAUCCUGGCCUAGUGCUCGACGGUUGGGUUGGUGGGGAUGGGGGAAGGGAACAGACACAGCUUUGCUGUGGAUGGGACUGCAGAGCAGGCCUCACCAUGGGAAUGUGCAGCAGCUCCUGGACUGGACACUGACUGUCUCACCUCCUGAUGCUAACUUUGCCUUCUGCCAGGAGCCCCAAAGCCAGCAGAGCUCACAGAGUGCUUCCAGCUCCGAGUUUGAGCUGGGAUUUCAAUACUGCCACCACGCCUCUUCUGCUCCAGCAGGAUCUGCUCCUAGGCUGCUCCAUGCCCUCCCCUGCUGAACUGGUCUCCACCACUAUGCACUGGCUUCCAAAGAACUCCCUGCUGCGUAGGAAGUGGAGGGUCCUCCAGGCUGGCAAUCCGCUCUGGAGGUUGCAGCAAUGGGAUGUGCCCUAAGGGCUAGUGGGCACCUGUACCUGGGGAUGGAGAGCAGCUGGGGAGCGUGCACUGAAUCUUCUUCCCAAAUCAUCAACUGUUUCGUGGUGUCACUCCUCUCAGACCUACCUCAGGCUAGGUUCUGCUUGGGCUCCUGCAUGCCUGGCUUACCUCCAUCAUGCCUUGAAGUCCUCCUCACAGCAAGGAGGCAAAAGAGCCACCGUUUGAUCUAUGAAACUUCGGCACUGAGCAGCUGAAAAAUUCCCUGCAGGUUGGAGAUCAGACACAGCUUCUUCCACCACCCCUCAGGGAGUGAUCUCCCUGCUCUGCGAGCCCAUCAGGCAUACCAAGAG